GGACAGCACUCCCCCGAGUCCUUCGGUUGUUCAACCUCUGGCAUCUAAUUAUCUUCUGACUACCACUUCGGCCAUGGAUUCCCGCGUGCCCCAAUGACAGACUGUAUGACCUAUUCUUAGGGUACGUCAACUGCCAGACGCGAUGAAAGUGAGCGUGCUCGCCCUCUGCACCCUCGGGGCGCUCGCCCAGUUGGCAGCUGCCUCCGAGUUUAGAAAGUGGUACCCCGAGUACGGAACCGUCUUCCAGAACACCCUUGAGACACACUGUUCGGCCGAGUACGCCGCCUGGGCCGCGGGCUUGCCGGCACGCCCCGAAGAGUACACGGCCAAUGGCACCACCUCGGCGGGGCAGGCCGUGGUGCAGUGCAUACUCUCCAGCACGUCCGAGUUCAUGAAGGCCAACAUGGCCUCCGCCGCCGUGCUACUUGGCAUCAUGCCUUUCGCCCUAUCGGUGCUUGGGUCCAGUAGUGAGGAGAGCGCCCUCCUGUACGUCAUUGGCCGCCGCCCGCUGCUGACCACGUUGCUGCUCGCGGGCGCCCCCGUCGUGGUCGCCCUACGGCCGUUCGAGUACAAGGACCCCGUUGGCAUCCUCCGGGCGCGCGAGGGCCGCUUCUACAGCUUCCACAUCGGGCCGUCGUGGGUCGUCCUGGCGCUCGAAUACAUCGUCGCGCUCGCCUCGGUCGCCAACGUCGUCCACGUCACGUACGGGCUCGGCGUCGGCGUGACCACCAUGAUCCUGCCCGACUCGAGCUACCUGCCGGGCGUGUGGGCCGCCACGGGCAUCGCCGUGCACGUCAUCGGCGCGCUCUGCCUGAAGUCGCGCCUGCGGCUGCUCACACCGAAACGCGAGCCCAUCGUCAAGUCGGAGCUGACGCUGUCGGCCGACAAGCGCAUCACGGUCGAGACGGUGCCCGAGACGAAGCGCUUCCUCGCCCUCUCGUGGCUCACCUCCACCUCGACCACCUUCCACGUCAUCUUCGGCACCCUGGCCUUCUCCAGCAUGCAGUUCGUCUCGGUGCGCGACGCCUUCGGCGUCAUCGGCCGCUACACCGCCUCCGUCACCAUCUGCCGCGUCGUGCUCAUGUACGAGCUCUCCGGCCUGCGCACCGCCGUUGAUGACGGCGGCAGCUCCAUCCUACCGCCUGCUGAUGACGGUCAGGACCCCGUCGAUGGCCUGAAGGCGGGGCCCCGCGUGUUUACCUUUGCGCCGUGAGUGUGACCUAUGCUAGGCUACGGGCCGCCUACCAUGCGGGAAUGACGUGCAUGUUAGAGAGGCAGUCGCUGUGGGGUUUCUAUGUACACAUAUCAUCUAUUUUUCCCCGGCUUUAUGCUCCUCAUGUUCAACGUGGCAAAGGUGUCAGAAUAGAAGAGACGGUGUCUG